AUGAGAACGGUUGCAGACUCUGAUAGUGCUACAUCAGAGAGUGAUGUUGAGAAUUCGUAUAACACUGACAACGAAGUGGAAACUGAUUCUGCGUCAGAGAGUGAUUCUGAUAAUGUAGAAGAUACUAGUGGUUGUUUGUGUUUGAUUUAUAAAAGUAAAAUAAGAUCGAUCCUGUGCGGUAGCUAUUUUACCCUAACCCAUUUCUCUAACCCUUUCCCAAGUCCCAGCAAACCUUCGGCCUUUAGGGCCACAACUAUUUAAUGUUAGGAAUCAGUUGACAUUUAUCAUUUGACAUUAUGCCUCGGAAGUGUAAAGAUUGUCCCAUCUGCGGCAAGCGAGCUUUAAAAAGAUUGGCAAACCAUUUGGCAGACGUCCAUGAACUUUCGUCCCAAGAAAGACAACCUUAUCUUAUUCGUGCUAAGCCAACAGCUUUAAACUUAGAAAACGUUUUAACAGAAUUGUACAGAUUAAUUGGGAACAAUAAAAAGCAGUCAAAGUGGAAUAAAAGCAGGAUAAAAAAUAUACCCAUUCUUCAACCAAAAUCCUCCAGGAAAAGAACAAAAUCAAGUACAAAAUCUGCAAAGAAUGUGGACAAUACAGAAAUGAAUGAUGGCUCAAUGGAUUGGUUAAAGUUAGAAACAAAAGCGAAACACAACUCUUAA